AAAAAACACACUAACAAGGUUCACAGAAGAGGAUUGGUAGAUCAAAGACAAGCUGGUGUUUAUAAGUACAGUUCACAGACAAGACCAGCUUUACUGCCAACAUGAAGCUUCUAUUGAUUUUCGGACUGGUGGCUGCAGCGCUCGCUGACAUCACUCGCUUUGAGGGAGACAAAGUCUUCAGACUGAAGCCCAGGCUGAAUGAACAUGUGAUCUUCAUUAAGGAGCUGGCUAACAGCAUUGAAGUCGACAUGUGGAGCCCCGAGAGCUCUGAGCAGGUGACCAUCAACAWCGAUGUGGACAUCCACAUACCGGCCAAGUACCUCGACAUGGUCUACACCAUGUUGGGGCAGAGCGGCGUGGAGUAUGAGACUCUGAUUGAGGAUGUUCAGGUUGUUAUCGAAGGCCAGGCUGAGAGCAGAGGGUCUCCCAGAGCCCACAGUUACACCAAGUACAACACCUGGAGUGACAUCCAAGACUGGAUGAACGCCAUGUCCUCCUCCAACCCUAGUCUGAUCAGCAAGCAAGUGAUUGGAAACACAUUUGAGGGCCGCCCCAUGACUCUCCUGAAGCUUGGAAAGACAUCGAGCUCUGCUAAACCUGCCAUCUUCAUGGACUGUGGUAUCCACGCCAGAGAGUGGAUCUCUCCUGCUUUCUGCCAGUGGUUCGUCAAAGAGCCCUCGGAGCCUCCAGUAACCCCUGCAGUGACACCUUCUGUGGCUACUCUCCUGAGUCAGAGAUUGAGGUGAAGAACGUGGCCGACUUCAUCCGAAGGAACAAGUCCACCAUCAAGGCCUACCUCACCAUGCACUCUUACUCUCAGCUGCUGCUUUUCCCAUACUCCUACAAGUAUGGGCUGGCUGCAGACCACAGUGAGCUGUUGAAGGUUGCCCUGGGAGCUGCUGCUGCUCUGGAGGGUCUGCAUGGUACUCCCUACACCAGUGGACCUGGAGCUACCACUAUCUACCCCGCUGCAGGAGGCUCUGAUGACUGGGCUUACGACCUGGGAGUGAAAUAUUCCUACACCUUCGAGCUGCGAGACACCGGYCGUUACGGCUUCCUGCUGCCCGAGUCCCAGAUCAAACCCACAUGCGAGGAGACCAUGCUCGCCGUCAAGUACAUCGCYGCCCACGUGCAGGAGAACCUCUAUUAGGGAGCAGCCGAGACCCCUGCCCCCAGCCCUUCCAACCCCUCCUAGCCAUCCUCGGCCYGUAACCAUGGACACGGGCACCACCCGCCAUGUUUUCUCGCUGUGUUUGACAGAACGUCAAGAUGAGUGCAAACAAUAAAAUCAAUGAUCCAUCCCCACA